CAAAUUUCCUCACCCUAGUAUUUACCUAUCAGGCAAGAAAAAGAAUUGUGACAACAACAUUUGUGAAACAGGGUGGUAAGAAAAAUAGAAUCAUUUUAUUCCUUCAAUCAUUUUUCACUGCAACUAUACUCAUCACAUGAAUUGUUGCCACUAUCAGAUCAUCAAAUGAUCUACGAAUUUACACAAAAUUAAAACACUGUGGAGUUAAAUGACGCUAUGAAGACAAUGGAAACCGACUUUGAAGAACCAGAAAAUCAUAUUGUUCGGCAUAAACCGGUUGGUAUUAAUACAUUACUGAGGAAAACACGCUUUUCAAGAAAAGAACUACAAAUUAUGUAUCAAGGUUUUAAACAAGAAUGUCCAGCUGGUACCCUCAACGAAGAUUCAUUUAAAGAUAUUUACUGCAAAUUCUUCCCCCAAGGAGAUGCAACUGUAUAUGCUCAGCUAGUAUUCAGAUCAUUCGAUCAAGAACAUAAUGGAACAUUAACAUUUGAACAAUAUAUUCAGUGUUUAUCAUGUUUAAUGCACGGUACACAAAAUGAUAAACUACGUUGGGCAUUUCGAUUAUAUGAUAUAAACGGUGAUGGUUUUGUAACUAAAGGUGAAAUGUUGAAAGUUGUUAAUGCUAUUUAUGAUUUACUUGGACGAAAUACAGAACCACCAAUUAAUGAAUCUACUACUGCUAAUCAUGUAGAAAGAGUAUUUCAAAGACUGGAUUUGAAUCAAGAUGGUGUAAUUAGUUUUGAAGAGUUUUUACAGGCUUGUGCUUAUGAUCCUACUGUAUGUGAUGCUCUGGACAAACUAACCACCAUUUUAUGAAUCACUAUUGGUAAUACUCACUUUCAGACAAAAAAUGAUUGAUAAAACUCCCUAUGUGCAUUGUUAUUCACAGUGAUUGACUGAUUUACUUACCCGUCUGUCACUAUCACCCAAUACUGCUGCCACCACUACUUCUUUUGAAACCAUUAAACCAUUAUUUCAUUGAAGUGAAAAUAUCUCUUUCCUGUAAUUUUCUCUAUUACUUCAUACAAGUGCUAUUGUUAUUAUUAUUAUUAUUACUUAAUAAUCAGAAGAACAGAGUAAAAGAUCAUUAUAUUCUCUUGAAACUUUUCUCACUCAUAUGCGUAACCGGUAAAUUUCCAACUUUUCUGUUUGUCAUUUAAGGAGGCAGCCUAAAACAAAACUUCUGUUCCUGAAAUACAAUAGCAUUACCGCACCAAGUGGUAUGCAGUAAGUAAUAGACUGUAGCAGAUGCAACUAAUCAAGGCAAAAAUUCUUAUAUGUAGUUGCUUUCUGAGUAAAUCAACGUUACACUCUACUUUUUAAUAAUAAUAAUAAUAAUAAUAGUAGAAAUUAGUCAGCC